AUGGUUGUGUUCAAGGUUGGUCGUGUUGAAACGACACCGUUCGAUGGCCAGAAACCUGGGACUUCUGGUCUGAGGAAGAAGGUGAAAGUAUUCAAGCAGCCUAAUUACUUGCAAAAUUUUGUUCAGUCAACAUUCAAUGCCCUUACAACAGAAAAAGUUAGAGGUGCUACACUUGUUGUUUCUGGUGAUGGCCGAUACUUUUCAAAGGAUGCUAUCCAGAUCAUAAUUAAAAUGGCUGCUGCAAAUGGAGUAAGGCGUGUUUGGGUUGGUCAAAAUGGAUUGCUGUCCACCCCUGCUGUAUCAGCAGUCAUACGUGAAAGAAUUGGGCACGAUGGUUCUAAGGCAACUGGAGCAUUUAUAUUGACUGCGAGUCACAAUCCAGGUGGUCCCCAUGAG